AUGAUGAACUACCACCACUGGCAAAUCCAAAGAGAGGUCUCAGCUCUAUCAAAGCAGACCUCCUUCUUACAGCAUGUCGACGACUUUCUGGGUGCUGAAACCUCAAACGACAUCCUGAGCCUGAUUCUCGAACCUGUUGACCAGCAGGACGAUUCUGCAUGGCUGUCAACUAUAAAAGAGGCUCUGGGAUCAACUGAACUAUUUGAAGAGUUCAAGUACGCUUUUGAUAUACGUGAUGAUGAUCGCCAGAUCACCGAGCCAAUGAGUGAAGUUGACACUGACUCCUCGGACAAUCAGCCUCGUCACUCAAUACGCAGAAAGGGUCAUGACGACUCAUCUGACGCAGGAUCUCUCUCUCGCCCAAUAAGACGUCGUAGGGUUACAUUCAAUCAAGGUGUCGUUGAAACCAUCAACUUGAACAACACUGGUGAUGCUGCUGCUGCUGUACCAACAUUGGAUGAUGAUGACAUGUCACCAUUGGAUAUAAAGAAGGAACGUAGUUGGAGCCCUGUACGUCCACCAACUCCAGUCGGCAUUCACUUCUCUGUCAUGCCCUUGAUGGCAUUCAAGCCCUUGAGUCCUACUACUACUGCUGGUAGUAACAAUAAUAAGAAAGGGUUGGACAAAUCGUAUCGUAGUAAUUCCGAUACUACUACCACUACUCCUUCAGCCACCUCCGAUAGGAUUGUUACGACCGCAACUAGAGCCACCGAUAAUCGUGUUGCAACUAGUGCUACUACAACUACCGAUAAAUUAUCACAAGUAUCUCCAUAUCACGAUCAACCCUAUAACUAUAAGCCCGAAAUCGCUCCGUCACCAUCACCACGUCUUGAUGCUCGACAAUCACCAAUGCAAUCACCAACGCCAUCAAAACCACCAACUAGUGUAGGAUUGGUAGAUCGUCCAUCCGAAAUGCAGAAUCUUAUGGCUACUCAACGGGAUCUCUUUGCUCAAAUUGAUAUGGUAUUAGGUACGGAUGGUGGUGACUCGGUCAAGGCCGAGAACUGGAAGUCUCUCUUGUUGGCUAGUCGUGAACGUCUUGAUGACGAUUCUUGGAUGCGCGCCAUCCAACACGUACUCGAAGAUGAACCAUCCUUGUUUGCAGCAUUCAAGGAUAUGGUUGGGUAUUUAGGUGAAGCUCACUCUCAAUCUGAUGAUGACGAUGAAUAUGAAUUUAGCACUCGUCGACAAUUCUAUAAUACGAAAUCAGCACCAGGAGGAUCUGGAUUAGGAGUAGCCUCAGAAGACUUUGGAUUGGGCUUGACUCAGCUUGCGUUUGAACAACCUGGUGGGUCAUUCACAUUGGAUGAUCCAGCUGUUGCUCAAUCUACUCAUGGACGACUUGAACGUCUUACUUUAUCAACAGAUACAGCAUUGAUUGUCGGUGCUAGACGCGACAUUCAAAGUCUUAUGGCUUUGGAAACCAAUACUCCAUUCUUCUUCAAUCUCAUGAGGUCGCACUUGAGCUCGCUCGCUGUAUAUAAUGACUUUAUGAGGCUCUUCCGUGCUCCAAGUGAUGCACUCACUGAUGCUGAAUGGUAUCAUCUAAUUGCUUCCAAGUAUGCCAAUACUCCUACCUUGAGGCGUAUGUUUCGAGAUGUAUUGCAAGUGGUACAACAAGGCUCUCAUGACUUGUAUCUCGACAAGCAAUUCUCGCCACCAUCAUCAUCUGUGGAAUCUCUACUUCCAUUAGCUAGUCGUUCAACAGCACACUUUGUGGUAGAACGACGAGGCCCACAAGAUUUGCUUUGUCUUGAAGAACAAUAUCCAUCACAAUUCCAUCUUCUCAAAGACUCUCUCAGCAUCAGCCAAUACGAAUCCAUGACUCUGGCAUUGCAACAACCACGUGGUGAGCUACCAGAUGACGAAUGGGUCGACAACAUCCUACGCCUAUUAUCAGACACACAGCAAGUAGACGGGAUGUCUUGUAUCGGAGCCAUCUUCUCUAUUGCCGGCGUACGGGUCGUCAUGGUAUCCGAUCUCGCCGAAGACGAUAACAUAGUAUCAUCACCAACAGCAACAGAUAUUACCAACACGAUGGUCACAUCAUCCGUCGCAGAUGCAACCGAUACAACGCCAGACACGUCAACGAUCGUGACAUCAUCUACAUGCCAAUCUGUACGUGAAGAGCUGCCAAUGCUUGUACCCACUAUCAAGUUUUUGUAUGAUGUGAAACAUGCGUUGAGUGAUGAAAAGGUUUUUGGCAAGUUGUUGGGACGAUAUAUUGUUGAAAAGCAUUCUCGUCGUGGGAGUCUGUCUGGUGUUAGUUUGUCGGAAUCACCUGAAUCUCCAAGCAAACUCGUCACACAACUACUUGAUGAGAUUGUAGGACCCAACUCUCCAGUCUUCAAAAGAUUUACAAGCUUUGUCUCUUAUGGUGGAAUGCAAGAUUAUGAAGCUCUUGCACCACAAGCUUGA